AUGACUGAGAGUGACGUAAUUUGUCGAAUUGAUAGUGACGAUGAAAUAACUAAAAUGAAAAAUAUCGAAUCAACAAUAUCUCCAUCAAGUACACCAACAAAUCCAUUAAAAUCAAAACGAACACGAUUAACAUUUCCUUUUGGAGCUUGUCGUGUAUGCUCAGAUUCAGCUACUGGAAUUCAUUAUGGUAUUGCCACAUGCGAAGGAUGUAAAGGGUUUUUCAAACGAAGCAUUCUUCGCAAAGAAAAAUAUCGAUGUUAUUUUGAUAAUUCGUGUCUUGUUAAUGUAACCAAUCGUAAUCGUUGUAAAGCAUGCCGAUUUCAACGAUGUAUAGACAAGGGCAUGUCUGUAGAUGGUGUAAAAAUGGGACGAAUACCAAAAUUAGUCAAAGAGAGAGCAUUACUCGAACAAAAAGAACAACAAAUGAGACAGGAAGCAACAUUAACAGAAUCUAAUGAAAGAGCUGAUGAAGAAAAUAUUAGAGAUUCAUCUUGUUCAUCAUUAUCUGAUCGUAGUAGCAUUGAAAAUUAUGAUCCAAAUGUAAUGGAGACAGGUGAGAUAAUUUCUAGAUUAUUAACUAAUUAA